AUGGCUCCUCGACCGGAGCUGGAGAAUGCUUCUUCAGGAAAACCCAAAGACCCCGCUCAGGGACUAAGUGGGGUACUACCAAAGGAGCCUGUGAUUCACCCAGCCUGUUCCACCGUAGCAUUGGUGAACGAUGAAGCAGAAGAUCCUUGGGCCCUUCCUGAACUCCAAAGUGUGGGAGUCAAGUGGUCAGACUUGGACACCAAAGGAAAGAUUCUCCGUGUUCUAAUUUCUAUUGGAAAGUUUUUUUUACUGCUUGGAUUCCUUUACAUGUUCGUCUGCUCCUUGGAUAUCCUGAGUUCUGCCUUCCAGCUUGUAGGAGGGAAGGCGGCAGGUGACAUUUUCCAAGACAAUGCUGUGCUGUCAAAUCCUGUGGCUGGACUGGUGAUUGGAGUUUUGGUUACAGUGCUAGUUCAGAGUUCUAGCACAUCUUCCUCAAUCGUGGUUAGCAUGGUUUCCUCUGGGUUGUUAGAGGUCCAGUCUGCUAUACCUAUUAUAAUGGGGGCCAACAUUGGAACCUCUGUGACUAACACCGUUGUGGCAAUGAUGCAAGCUGGAGACAGAAACGAGUUUCGGAGGGCUUUUGCUGGAGCCACAGUCCAUGAUUUUUUUAACUGGCUCUCAGUACUUGUGCUAUUACCGCUCGAGGCAGCAACUGGCUACCUGUACCGUCUGACACAGCUGGUCAUUGACUCAUUUAAUAUCCAAAGUGGGGACGAUGCCCCGGAUUUGCUGAAAGUCAUCACAGACCCCUUAACAAAGACAAUCAUUCAGCUUGACAAAUCUGUUAUCAAUGAAAUUGCUACUGGUGAUCCUGCAGCAAAGAACAAAAGCCUGAUCAAAAUCUGGUGUAAAACUCAAACAAUCAUGACAGAAAAGAAUGUGACAGUGCCUGGGACUGAAAACUGCACUUCUCCCAGUCUCUGUUGGUCAGAUGGCAAUAUCACAUGGACCCUGAAAAAUGUUUCUGAAAAGAUAAACAUUGCGAAAUGCAAUCACAUUUUUGCAAACUCUUCUUUGUCGGAUCUGGCUGUUGGCCUUAUCCUCCUUGCCUUGUCCUUGCUAGUGCUUUGUACCUGCUUAAUCCUUAUCGUGAAACUGCUUAAUUCCAUUCUCAAAGGACAAGUGGCAGCAGUUAUCAAGAAGAUCAUCAACACAGAUUUCCCAUUCCCAUUCGGUUGGGUGACUGGAUAUAUUGCCAUUCUGGUUGGAGCAGGAAUGACUUUCAUAGUCCAAAGCAGCUCAGUGUUCACCUCCGCCAUUACCCCCCUAGUUGGCAUCGGAGUCAUAAGCAUAGAGAGAGCGUACCCACUAACUUUGGGUUCAAAUAUUGGUACAACCACUACAUCUAUAUUAGCAGCUAUGGCAAGUCCUGGAGAAACACUUGCCAACUCAUUGCAGAUUGCUCUGUGCCAUUUCUUUUUCAACAUCUCUGGGAUUCUGCUGUGGUACCCAAUCCCUUAUACACGUAUUCCUAUACGUAUGGCCAAGGCACUGGGUGAUCGUACUGCUAAGUACCGGUGGUUUGCUAUCAUGUACCUGGUGCUCAUGUUCUUGAUCAUGCCUCUUACUGUAUUUGGGCUUUCAGUGGCAGGCUGGCAGGUCCUUGUUGGAGUUGGUGUUCCAGUUGUGGUUCUCAUCGUGGCUGUGAUUAUUAUUAAUAUCAUGCAGUCCAGAUGGCCACAAUACUUGCCCAAGGUGCUGAGGACCUGGGAGUUCCUCCCCAAAUGGAUGCACUCUCUGAAGCCUUGGGACAGGGUGAUCACCUCUAUGCUAUCAUUCUGCAGAACCCGCUGUUGCUGCUGUUGCAAGUGCUGUAACAAAAUCAGCAGUGAAGAAGAUGGAACUGGUAAAGAGAAGAGAGGAUCGCUUGAAAUGUAUGACAACCCAGCAUUGGAAACUGAUGAAAAUUGUCACAAAAACACACAGAUUGAGGCAAAAACAACAAAUUUGUAGCACUGCUCAAUUUAAGUUUAAAAUUUGAAACUUUUUAAAGCAUGUAAGGGGUUUUCUGUUAAGGAAUAGCCAAUUCUGUUCCAGCUCCUGAACCCGAUGACAUCAAACAGCGUCAACUUUGACCUCAGAGAAGAACUAAUGUAAAGAAUUUAAAAAUCUUGAAAAAAAGUUAAUGCAAAAAAUGACUAGGCAAAACGAUGCCAAAUUGAAGAUACAGAAGAAAGGUGUUAAUGCAUUGGAUAUUUUGAAUAUUUAUAUUAGUCAGAAGAAAUUUUAACAAUGAUGGUAAUAAACAAAUGUGCUUUGGUAGCAUAGGACAAAAGUAAAGAACUAGAUGGUUUCAUUUUUACAGGGUUAUGAAUACUUUAUGUUUUUGUAUACAUUUAAGUAUACAGUAUAUAUAAGAAGGAUUUCAUUUAUGUGUCUUAAUUAAGGGGAACGAACGUGGGCAACUGAUUUAUUGAAAUUAUUUGGGAAAUAAUUAUGAGAUCAUGAGACCAACACAAAAAGUAUGACUCAUCCAUAUCUUGUGUUUUAUGUGUAUAUAAGUGCUGUUCGUUAAAUGAAUAAUAUCCCCAAAACACAAAUCACCUUCUCAGUGAUCACACAGUACAUUUGUGAACUACCUAUAGAGACAGUUUUUAAGUCUCACAAAGAGAAAACAAAAAACUAGUCAAAGUAGUGAAUCAGAUACUGUACACCUGACUAAAUCACAAUCUUGUUCAUUUUUUGUUAAGAAAACUAGGAGGAAUAGGGACUACAAGUGAAAAUUAUGAACUAAAGUCUAAUUUAUAGCGUUCAACCUUCAAUAUUUGUUUAGAAAUAUGAUUCAUGAAAAAUGUAGUAGUGUAAAUUAUGCAAAUUGAGCAGCACUGAAUUCAAGUCUAUAUGAUAAGUCACUGGGGCUGAUUGCAGGGAAAAUGGUCAUCAUAUCAGCAGAUUUGUAGACUUCCUACAUUGCUCACUUUGCAGAUACUGUAGGUCUCAUAGAUUGAGAAUACAUGUCUUACAGCAAAAGUUUGUCAUACAGUCACAUUUAAUUCACAGCAGUGGCUAAUCUGACUUCAAGGAGUCAAAAGCCUGCUGUGUAUUUUAAAUAGUCAUUAUCUGCAAUAAAAUGUAUAUACGUUUUUUUUUAUUUGCAAAUUCUCUUUUGGAGAGAGAUUUUUAAAGUGUUUUGCUCUAGAUUUCAUUAAAUAAAUUCUAAAAGUUUGGAAGUGCAGAUCUUUCAAACAACAUGUGCAAGCAUUUUCUUCCAGUUGUUUUUUCAUCAUUUUAAUUAGUCUCUAUGGGGAAAAAAGGAAAAAGUGGAGCAAACUUUGCACAGGUGCAAAAUGUGGUAACAUUUUAGAGUGGGGGUUACAAAAGCUAUUUGUAAAUGUUUUAUUACUUAUUAAUGAAACAUAUUAAUAAGGUAUUAAUAAAACAGGUUGACUAAUGGCAAUAAUUAACCUCUUUUGUAGAUUAAUUGCUUUGUACUAUCAAAAACCUAUUUAUUUUAUUCAGUCAUAAACUGUAAUCUUCUUAUUACUCAUCUACAGUGUGACCACAAAUUGUUGGAAGUUGUUUUAUUUAUGUACGCUAUAGGUGUUAAUAGUCAUAUGCGCUUGAAUGUGCUGUUGUGUUUUUUUUUCUUUUUUGGAAAAGCUAUGCAAAAUAUUUAAGUUUCUAUUUAUGCCAAAAUAGAGGAUAUAUACAGAGUUUACAAAAUAAAUGCGUAUGUGUUUAUAUCUACAGUAUACUGUAUAGAUAUACUAUACUGUAUAGACAUAAUUGCUUUUUUGAAAAUAUAUUCAGCAUUCAGUGCUGCUUUUAUUAUGUGUUUAUAUAUUCCCUCUUUAAGGAAUUUGUAACGAGUUUCAUUUAAACACCUUUCUUUCUCAUUUCUCUUCCUGUCAUAAAUGUUAUGGAGACAUUUCUGAAAUCAUACUUCCAGAGAACAUACAAAACAAGGAAAUAAUCUUUGCACCAUGUCUUUGCUUAUCACUAAUCCUGAUUCAGUACUUUUAUUUUUUUAUUGUGUCACAAUUUCUCAUUCAGUUUUUCAGUCCUUUUGUGCAGGGGAGGUAAGCCUAACACUGUGAUCAGAAACAAUAACUUUAAGUAUCACAUGGACAAUUUACAUAGGCACAUACAAAGAAAAGUCCACAAUCUCAGUGUUCUGUACAUGCAGAAAUUUAAAUCAAUCCAAAAUGCCUGUACAACUGAAAUGUCUGUGUUUUACUUGGAUUUAUUUUAUUGUGCCCUGAAAUUAUUUUUGGAUUUUGCAACAUUUUAUUAUACUGUGAGCAUGUGUAAUUACUGUAACCACUUGUAUCAAAAUAAAAGUGGCUUUGAAAA